AUGGGAGGAUUUUACGAUGCGACAACUCAGCAGAACGCUUUCAAAGCGAUGAGUCAAAUGUGGCAAAUGGAUCAGUACCAACAAGGAUAUCAAAUGAAAGACAUUCAAACGCCGGCUACCUUCCCCCAUCCGUUUGCCAAUUUUGCUCAACAGCUCUCCUCCAUUACACAGACGAUGAAAGAAUCUCCAUCGCCGACUACCACCAAGAAGAAACCGAAUCCGGUACCACCGGAGCUCAAAGACGAGGCGUAUUUCGAAAGGCGAAAGCGAAACAACGAGUCUGCAAGGCGAUCGAGGGAAGCGAGACGCCAAAAGGAAGAUGUGAAUUUCAGAAAACUGGAACUUGUACAGCAGGAUAAUAUCCGUCUGAAAGCUGAACUACAAAGGGUUUUAAUGGAAUUGGAACGGCUUAAAUAUGUAGCAGCAGUACAAGGAGUUCAACUUUGA